AUGGGAUGCAAAACAAAUGAAGUCCUGAUAAGAAAGAAAGAAUGUGGUGCAAAGAUGAUGAGAAAACAGACAGUGUGUGAAAAGGAAAAAGAUACCUCUGUCGAGAUAGUCGGAUGGGGUAGGGGUGGAUUUGGAAAUAUUUAUGAUGAUAAACUGAAAACAAAUCGCUAUGGAGUGGCAUGUUCCGGUUGCAAAGCGGACGGGUGUUUAGAAAGGGAUUACGGAGAAGGAAAUACAGUUUGCGUGUGUAACAAUCAACACUGCGACACAAUGCCACGUAUAAACAAAGUUUCUUUUCCUUAUAUUCUAAUCUACACGUCCAAUAAAAGUGGAAAACGAUUCAAGAAAAACUACAAAACUUUUACAAAAACGAAUGACGUUAAUAAUAAUAUACCAAAAACGAUCGUUAUUAACUCGAAAAUAACAUAUCAGAAAAUCAUUGGCUGGGGAGGAGCUUUCACUGAUUCUACUGGAAUCAAUGUAAAGAGCUUGAAAAAAAAUUUGCAAGGAAAAUUAAUGAGAUCGUAUUUCUCAGCUGAAGGUCUGGAAUAUAAUUUAUGUAGAGUACCAAUCGGAUGUACUGACUUCUCUACCCAUGGGUAUACCUAUGUUGAUAACAUUGAUGAUGGUGAUUACCGCGAAGAUCCCUUACUGACAAAGUUUAAACUAGCUCGAGAAGACCAUCUAUAUAAAAUUCCUUUGAUAAAACAAGCGAAAAAACUGCAGAAGAAUCUCCUGCUUUUCGCUUCUGCUUGGACUUCUCCCAAAUGGAUGAAAGAGAGUGGAAGCUACCCUGGUAGUAUGGGGUAUUUGAAGAAAAAGAUGUACAAGCCAUGGGCUAAUUAUUUCAUCAAAUUCUUAGAUAAUUAUUUUUCGAAUAAUAUCACUUUCUGGGGUAUCACCACUGGUAACGAAAUAUUUUAUAGCAUGGCUCAUCUAAAAAUUCCAGGUAUUGUUUGGACUCCAGAGGAAAUGGGUCAUUGGAUCAGUAAAUAUUUUGGACCAAAAUUACGAAAGUCUCAACAUCAUCAAAUAAAAAUCUUGACUAUUGAUGAUAACAGACCAACGUUGGCUCAUUCUUUAGAUACGAUAUUCUCAAAUACGCAGAACGAAGGGUUUAUAGAUGGCGUUGCUAUACAUUGGUAUUUCGACAAUGAAAAUAAUUCUUAUAUUUUGGACGAUACUCAUCAUAAAUAUCCGAAUAAGUUCUUAUUAUAUACAGAAGCCUGUAAUGGAGAUAGAGCAACUAGUAAAGCAAUUAAGCUUGGUUCGUGGAAGAAUGCUGAAGCUUAUGCUAAAAAUAUUAUACAGGUACUCAACCGAUGGGUGACGGGAUGGGUGGAUUGGAAUAUGGUUUUAGACACAAAUGGGGGACCUAGUUACAUAAGAAAUUUCGUCGAUUCGCCUAUUAUUGUGAAUUGUACGGCACAAGAAUUUUAUAAACAACCGAUGUAUUAUAUUCUCGGACAUUUUUCUAAAUUCAUUCCAAGAGAUUCUAUACGGAUUAGUUCCAGUCAAAAUGAUCUUGUAAUACAAGUAGCGGCUUUUAAAAGACCCGAUAAUGGAGUUGCCGUAGUCAUUUUGAACCCAUCCGAUGUUAGUCAAAGAAGAACUUUAAGAGACGAGUCGAAAGGGGAAAUUCAACUGGAACUAACUCCUCGUUCAAUAACGACCUUAUUAUAUUGGUGA